AAAUUCUCUUAUAAGGUAGUAGGUGAAAGUAUACGUACUAUAAAUUUCUCAUCUUUCACUUAUUAAUAUUUUCCAUACGGCAUCAAUCAUUAAUAUUUUUAUGUCGUUUUUCUCAUUCUUUUAUAUUCAAAAGUAGAAGUUAAUUGCUUGUGAAAAGAAAAGUACAUUACAAAGUUAUUGCACAUACACUAUACUAAAAAUUCUAGAUGACAACUAAAAAGGUAACAUGGAAAUCUAUGAUCUUGAUCCUAAAUUGUUACAAAAGUAAAUACCCUUUGGAGGAAUCAAAGGAACAAGUUUUAAAACAAGGUUCUUUCCAAAGGCUGUGUUUAUCAGAUAUAAGUAAUUCAAGUUCAACUCAAGCAAUUGAAGAUCUUUCAAUAUCUUUUGCUGGCUCUAAACUUUAUGCAUUCACCUUAGAGGAGCUAAAGGAAGCAACACAUAGUUUCUCAUGGAGUAAUAUGUUAGGUGAAGGUGGUUUUGGACCUGUUUAUAAAGGCUUUGUUGAUGAUAAACUUAGGCAAGGUUUAAAGGCUCAAACUGUUGCUGUUAAAUGUUUAGAUUUGGAUGGCUUGCAAGGUCAUAGGGAGUGGCUGGCAGAGAUUAUAUUUCUUGGACAGUUAAGGCAUCCACAUCUUGUGAAGUUAAUUGGAUAUUGUUAUGAAGAUGAACACAGGCUUUUGGUGUAUGAAUACAUGCCAAGAGGUAGCUUGGAGAAUCAACUAUUCAGAAGGUACUCUGCUGCUAUGCCAUGGUCAACUAGGAUGAAAAUUGCAUUAGGAGCUGCUAAGGGUUUGGCUUUCCUUCAUGAAGCAGAUAAACCUGUAAUAUAUAGAGAUUUCAAAGCUUCAAAUGUCUUACUAGACUCGGAUUAUACAGCUAAACUCUCAGAUUUUGGACUAGCUAAGGAUGGACCUGAAGGGGAAGAAACACAUGUAACAACGCGUAUAAUGGGAACACAUGGUUAUGCUGCUCCCGAGUACAUCAUGACAGGUCACCUCACAACAAAGAGUGAUGUGUAUAGCUAUGGAGUGGUUCUACUGGAAUUGCUUACAGGAAAAAGGGUAGUGGACAAGUCCCUGCAAUCAAAAAGAGGGAAGAGCUUAGUGGAAUGGGCAAGGCCUAUGUUAAGAGAUCCAAAGAAACUACACCGUAUCAUAGACCGUAGACUUGAAGGUCAAUUUCCUAUGAAAGGAGCUAUAAAGGUUGCUAUGUUGGCUUUCAAAUGUUUGUGUCACCACCCAAAUCCAAGACCUUCCAUGAGUAAUGUUGUUAAGAUUUUGGAACCACUUCAAGAUUUUGACGAUGUUUUCAUUGGUCCUUUUGUUUAUGUUGCCGUAAAUGAAAAUGGUGACAAAGAUCAAAUAUAGUACUAGCAACUAGCACUCCUCACCAAAGUAGAUAAAUAUUAUAGCAUAUACAAACAAACAAAAAAUUAAAUUAAAAGAAAAAUAGUGAUAUUCUUAUUUCAUCUUAAGGGAUAGGUGGAACUUCAAAAUCAUAAAGCAUGAUUCAAAACUAUAGGUGCGAAUUUCUAGUGUUGAAAACUUUCUAGUCACUAUAGUUUGUUUGUCUAUGUCGUUAGAUAUAGAUAAGUUUCACAUUGUAAUUUUCAUAAAAUAGAGAAUUUAAAAUCUCAAAUCUUGAUGGAUGAGUGAAA